AAGACAAAUGAUAGGUUUAGAAGUAUAACGCUCAGGCGCGUUGGGGCAGCCCUCGAUUAAUAAAGGGGUCCUCGGACUAGAUUGGCUAACAAAAGCAGGCUCUAAAAUGUCGGGAGAGGUGUAUCUCCUGUGGCUUCUCUCGCUUUUGCAAACGCUGUCGGCGUAUGGUGCCGAUCUGUCGUCGGAGGCAUGCAGGGAGCUGGGCUUCUCCAGCAACCUGCUGUGCAGCUCCUGCGACCUGCUCGGGGAGUUCAGCCUCAACAAGCUCCAGCCUGACUGCGGGCAGUGCUGCCAGCAGGAGGCCCAGAUGGAAGCGCGCAAGCUCUACGCCGGGGCCAUCCUUGAGGUGUGUGGAUGAAAACUGGGGAGGUUCCCUCAAGUCCAAGCUUUUGUCAGGAGUGACAAGCCGAAGAUGUUCAAGGGUCUUCAGAUCAAGUACGUGAGAGGCUCAGAUCCUGUACUAAAGCUUUUGGACGAUAACGGGAACAUCGCUGAAGAACUCAGCAUCCUCAAGUGGAACACAGACAGCGUGGAGGAGUUCCUGAGUGAAAAAUUAGACCGAAUAUAGACAUGUGUAUGUUUUUGUUUUUGUAGUCUGUAGUUAAAGGGUCGAGUCACCCAAAUUACAAUACCUCUGGUGGUAUAAAGCCAUGCAGAUGUUUUCUGUGUCCUGUGCUUGAGAUUUCAGCGUCCACCUACAAUUUUAAUCGGAAAGUCUUUGUAGUAAAGAAAUAGUCCAAAUUAAAACGGCGACAGUAUGUCUAGAUUUGCAGCUGUAAAUCUGAGCACAACAAUCCUUUUGACAUCUUAAGACGGAUCUUUUGACACUUGAGCUAAACUAUCUGCUUGGCUAGAGAUUGCUAGGGGCUACUGAGAAUUUGGGUGAGCCGACCCCGUUAGUUAUUUACCAAUUUGUACACAACUCGGCCUUGAGAGACGGUUGUGAAACCAUAUGACCGGUUUUGUAUCUGGAAAUAAUGGAUUUUACCAAAUAACUUCUGUGAGUGUGAGAAGACAUCGUCACAACACCCAGAUGGGCAGGACGUCGGAAAUAACAACCAAUAUUAUUGAUUAAGUUUGAAAAACAAUAGUGCACAUCAUUACCUGUUUUGUCAACCUUUGGGAGUUUACAUCCCCCCCCCCUGUCUGUCUGUAUGAUUAUUUUUUAUAUAACACUCAACAUUGUAUAUGAAGGGAUUUGUAAGAAAAAAAUGAAUCCCAGUUGCUCUCCAAAUGCAGAUGUUUUUGCUGAAGCACACAUUAGUGACGGCCUCACCGUAAACCACCUGUUGGGGCGUGAGGUCUGAUGUGUCUUUGUGUUUUUCGGUAUCUUCUGCUUCGAAGAGAAACUGCAUUUAGUUUGGAUGCUUGUUUUGGAGCGAGUGUGGGGACAGUUUAAAUAUGCAACAAUAAACAAAGUCUCUGAUGGUU